UCUCCGUUGGAUUUGUUUUUAAGAAAGAACAUGAAUGAAGAUUUGUGAACAGAAAGCAUUUGGCAUGCACUGUCAAUCACAAAGAACGUGAACGAAGAGAAAAGAAGAUUAGCACAACCGUUACGGAAAGGGCAGUAACGGCUUCAUAAUCACCUGCUAUGCAAUCGCCGGAAGCUGUUAGGGUCUGUGGUCCAAGUUCCAUUCCAAGGCGGCAGAGGGAAAAGCUGAAUCUAGGAUCUUUGGUUAAGAUGCCAAACAUCAAAAUCUUCAGUGGCAGCUCCCACCAGGACUUAUCCCAGAAGAUUACUGAGCGCCUGGGACUGGAGCUCGGCAAGGUGGUCACUAAGAAAUUCAGUAACCAGGAGACCUGCGUAGAAAUCGGUGAGAGUGUGCGCGGAGAGGAUGUCUACAUCGUUCAGAGCGGUUGUGGCGAAAUCAACGACAGUCUAAUGGAACUUCUGAUCAUGAUUAAUGCUUGCAAGAUCGCUUCCGCCAGCCGGGUGACUGCGGUCAUCCCGUGCUUCCCUUAUGCCCGUCAGGAUAAGAAGGAUAAGAGCCGGGCCCCCAUCUCUGCGAAGCUCGUAGCGAAUAUGCUGUCUAUAGCAGGUGCAGAUCAUAUCAUCACCAUGGACCUACACGCUUCCCAGAUUCAGGGCUUUUUCGACAUCCCAGUAGACAACUUGUAUGCAGAGCCAGCUGUCCUGAAGUGGAUCAGGGAGAAUAUUUCUGAAUGGAGGAACUGCACCGUUGUCUCUCCUGAUGCUGGCGGGGCCAAGAGGGUCACUUCCAUCGCCGACCAUCUGAAUGUGGAUUUUGCCCUGAUCCACAAGGAACGGAAGAAAGCCAAUGAGGUGGACCGCAUGGUGCUUGUGGGCGAUGUGAAGGACCGGGUGGCUAUCCUUGUGGAUGACAUGGCUGACACUUGUGGUACAAUCUGUCACGCGGCUGACAAGCUUCUCUCAGCGGGAGCCACCAGGGUUUAUGCCAUCCUGACUCACGGAAUCUUCUCCGGCCCAGCCAUUGCUCGCAUCAACGGUGGGGGCUUUGAGGCAGUAGUGGUCACUAACACCAUUCCUCAGGAGGACAAGAUGAAGCACUGCCCCAAAAUCCAGGUGAUUGACAUCUCCAUGAUUCUGGCAGAAGCCAUCCGAAGAACCCAUAACGGAGAGUCUGUUUCCUACCUGUUCAGUCAUGUCCCUUUGUGACGAACUGACGUGCAUUUUUUAAAUGCAGUAAGAUAAAAUGAAAAUAAACCCUGUUCAGCA